UUUAAAUCUUACCGUACAAUGGAAAUAAAGGAACACAAUUCUAUGUGUGCAGAGCAGGAAAAAUUGUCGAGAAAAGCGUUGGUGAUAUCUCGGCUUGAAAAAGAUACGAUCGAAACAGAAGGCGAAUUAUCGCGGUAUAAAUCGAACACCAAAAUAACUCAGGGGGAGUGGGAGAAUGUGGAAAUCGAGGUGGAUAAAUUGAAAUGGAUGCAGGAGAAGGCGUCGAUAGUUCUGGACAGUAAUCGUAAAAUGAACGAGGUCCAAUCAAAGACGAUGGAAAGUAUCAGGCGGAACUACACGAACUUAACUAGGUCUGCUUUCAAGACUGUUCGACAGGAAACUACGAGGGAAAUGAUAAAUAACGAGAUAAACAAUCUGGCCGAUAGUAAGAAGAAACUAGAGAGCGAGCUACGCUGGCUUCGCGAAACGAAUGAAGAAAAUAAAAAUCGUUUUGCUAAAGCCAGCAUGGAGUUGGCGAGAGCAAAAGCACGAGCUGUUACAGUUACUCGGCUUCGACAGAAGCUCCAGGAAUCAGAAACCUGUAAAUUGAACGCAGUCAAGAAAUUGAAUACUUUAAAGUCUCUACAGAUUUAAUAAAAAUGUGCAGAACAGUUGAAUAG